UGGUUUGGACAACUCCAGGCUAAAUCCUGUUUUUCCUUAGAAACUGUGGGCGUCUGUGCCAGCCUGUCUUUGGAAAGUGUGGAGCAAUGGAGGGAAGACUGGAUGAACAAAGAGCUUGUGCCAGCCUCACAGCAGCCCCCCAGUGCUGACAGAGCUUUCUGUGGUCUGAGAACUCUCCUGAAGAUGGACCGUCACAACAUGUCCUGGAUCCACUACCCGAGCCAAGUGUCCCCGGCUGUGGAGGACGUCAUCGCAGCACAGAGCAUCAUUUCUAGGUGCACACAUGUGUACGUGGCAGUGUGCGUCCCACUGAGCCUAGUGCUGGGGCUCUUCAGUCUCAACGUCUUCAUCCGGGACCGUACUAGGCUGGGGGCACUGGACAGGCUCCUUGCAGGCCUCACGGCCACUAGCAUCUCAGUGACUCUACUGUCCCUCAAUGCUGCUGGCCGACCCGACUACAUAUCCACGACAAACCUGGGUUGCGGGACACUCUCAUUCUUCUCUAAUGUCUGCUACUUCAUGGCCCAGUACCUGCAGGGAGCCACGCUUCCCCUGGCCUUUCUGCCGGGAUCUCCCUGCUGUCAGCCCUUGGCAAGGCCUGUGGCAAGCCUAGCUGCUAUCGGGGGCUGUGCUGUCUGUAGCGCCCUCAUCGUGGUGUCCCUGCUGGGUACAUUUGGCGAGUUGCACACAACCACCAUGUGCCAGGCAGAUCCACUGACUGCAUGGCCCGAAUACGAGAUUGUCAAGUUCAGCCUGGGCUUUGCACUUGCUUUGAGCUUCCAGAUGGUUCUCUUCCUCCUAUAUGCUACACAGCCGGCCUGGCGAGUGGCUCCUGAUCAGAGGGACACAGAGGGACACCCGUCUGGACGCUGGGUGGUACUGGCUGUGGCUCUCAACAUGUUUGCCUGCAGACUCUUCUUCAAUGCGGUCCUCCUGCAUCGGGCCCAGCUGAAGCUGUGGAAGGAUGUGGGCUCCCCCAGGGAUGAGCUGCUCAUGAACCUCGCAGAGCUGGCCCUGUCCGGGGAGAGCUGCAUCAACGUGGUGGCCAUCCUCCUCCUCCACACACCAUGCAGGCUCAGGUUGCUUGGCCUCCUUGAGCGCCUCACGCAGAGAUGCAGGCGGGGGGCGGACACCAGCAUGUCCUUGAACAGAGUAGGGGGCUAGCCAGGGCCUGCCUGCUGGCACAGGCCACACCCCUCGCUAGUGCUCAGGGAAGACGGCCUUCCCAGGGAGCCUGAGCAGGGUUCCUAUGUUUUGGAUGGUUAGCUUGCCUAUGUUUACCUCAACCUACACAAAUCAAGACGGUCUCUCUUCCCACACCUUCAGUCACACUUGAGGGACGCAGUGACAUAGGUAAGGAGGCUAACCAAAAACCAUGGGUCUGCUGGAGGGUGUCCUGAUGAUGAUGGCACGUGUAACCACCUUGCCUGUUGGUUGCCACCUUCCAUGCAACAAUCCAGGCUGACGACACAGGAAAGGCACUGUGGAAAUAAACACGGUUUUCACCUAA